UCGUUCAGCCCAUGGCGCCCGCGAGGCCCGGAGCGCGCGGCGGCGGCGGCGGUGGCGGCGGCGGCACUGGCAGUCAGGCCACACGUGGGCAAGAACUUUCUGCCAGAUUCAGGGCUAAGGAUGGGAAGCGGAGGACGUGGCGACCCCACCCCGCGCAGAGCUUUGCCGGCAGCGUUCGCGAAGGACAGGGCUUUGCGUUUCGAAGAAAACUGAAGAUUCAGAAAAACUACAGGAAAUUGAUCCGGAAAGAAAAGAAGGCGCAGACUUCGCAGGAAUCCCAGUUCACGGACAGAUACCCAGAUCAUCUGAAACAUCUCUACUUGGCAGAAGAGGAAAGACUUAGAAAAGAAAGGAGACUUAGAAAAGUUGGACAGUCUUCUUCCCAGGAACAAGCCAGUCAGGUUUUGCCUGAAGAAGAAUGUAACAGUGACCAGGCUUUGUCUGAAGAACAUUCUAGCAGUGAUCAGCCUCAGAAGGCUGAAGAACCUGAAGAACAACUUGAUGAAAGAGUUAGUUCUAUCACUUUUCCAAAGAGAAAACAAAAGAAAACAUCAAAUCAAAAGGCACAGGAAGAAUAUGAACGGAUACAAGCUCUGCGUGCUGCUAAGAAACAAGAAUUUGAGAGAAGAAAACAAGAGAAAGAAGCAGCUCAGAGGCUCUACAAGAAGAAGAAAAUGGAAGUGUUCAAAAUAUUGAGCAAAAAGACUAAAAAAGGCCAACCAAACUUGAAUUUACAAAUGGAAUACCUUCUUAAAAAAAUACAAGAAAAAAAUUAAAUUAGACAUUUGUCUUACUGUUGUA